UAUUUAAAGUAUUUCUGAUCGCGCGUUAACAGUCAGUACGACCUUUUAGUUCCUUCAGAAUAUACAUAACUUACAAUGUUCAUUAACGUGUUUUGUCUGUUUUUCUUGCUUAACUAUGUUCAGCCGAAAGUUUUAGAGUUAUCGUGCAAGGACAUCCGGAUCUUUGUAAAUGGCCACAACAAUCGUCGUCUUAUGCUAGCUAGGGGUAACCUGACAGAUCAACCCGCAGCUUCUCAAAUGAACUCAGUGAUUUGGGAUCAUGAGCUCGCAGCCAAGGCUAGGAAGUGGGCGGGAAAGUACAAGUUCUCUCAUAAUCCUGACACAACUGUAGCCUCCGGCCGUUUCACAACAGGCGAAAAUAUUUACAAAGUGAGCUCAACGGAUCCGAAUUAUCAAAUCAAGAUGGAUGACGCCCUCGAGGCUUGGUUUGAGGAACACAAGGAUUAUGAAUACGGGCCACUUUCAAAGGAUGACUUCGAUUCCUCGCGACCGGCGGUAGGACAUUACACACAGAUGGUGUGGUCUAAUUCUGUGUACAUUGGAUGCGGAGUCUCUCAGAGAACAGAAAAUAGGGGGAAAGUAUACUAUGUCGUCUGCAACUAUGGACCAAGUGGGAACUAUUUGGGCCAGAGACCGUACAAGUCUGGUAGUGCCAGUAACGCUUUGAAGUGUCCAAAUAAUUGCAGCAAGCCCUACGGCAAUAGGUGUUAAUGAAGAAGAAUUAUAGACCAUGUAUGUAUAUGAAAUAUAUCCAAGAAAACAUAUUAUAUCUUAGAGAUUUCAAUGUAUCUUUUAAAUAAAUACCUAUUGUUUUAUAUUGCUUAUUACAUAACUGUAUUAUAUAUACCAUUAACGAUACUAUGCGCUUAAUAAAUUAUGUGUAAAGGAUUA